AUGUCUUAUACGCCCAUUCUUGAGCCGCGGGACCCUAGGGACGAUCUCAAAUCCUUAGCCCAGAGUUCCUCACACUCGCAUUCCCCAGGGCAAUCAUAUGAACCAGCACCAUUUGGCCAGCCGGCUAUUGGACCACCUAUGGGACUGCUACAGCGAUCAAUGUCUAGAUUCAGCGCUAAUGGUGUCUCUAAUGGCAUUUACAGUGGCGAUCAAUCUGCCCGCAAACCCUCCAUCGACCAGGAAUCGGUCGUAGAUUCAGUUACAACCCAAGAUCCGGGCUACCACCCCAUAGACCAGCCACCACGGCACGAGAAGCAACCCUCAAGCUCAACAGGCCAAACUUUUGACCAGCGAUCUAUCAGCACCCUCUCUCUGGAUCAAGUGUCUAUCGGAAACCAAUCGCUAGGCCACCAUUCUAUAGGCGGGCUAACACCUCGCCAUCUCUCAUCGCCUUCACCCACCCACGAGGUCUACUCGUCUGGCUCGAACAGAUCUCUACGAACCAACUUUGAACUUCCAGUUCUUCAACAGAGGAAUCCAAAUGAGGGCUCCGAGAAAUUCCACCCAAUCAUUGAAGAAGAUGACGAAAUAUCUUUUGAUCUAGUCGCUCCCUACGAGGGCGAUGCCGCCCCAUUUCAUACCCUGGAGCAACAGGCGGACAUCAUGUUUUGCUCAGACCAUAUGCUAGCGAUCCUGAACAAUCCGCGGUACCUCGCGCAGUUCCGUGAGUUCCUCGCCCAGGAACGUCCAGGGUCAUUUUCGACCCUGACUUAUUACCUGAAUGCUUCCAAGGCUCUCAAGGCAAUUGAAUAUGCCAAUGCGCUCGUGCGUUUGGCAGUUGAUGUGCCUACAUUGGGUAUUGAAACUGCAGAUUACCCUGUUGGCCGGACUAUAAAUCUGGCCCUUGAACGGCGCGUGCAGGCAGCACUGAAUGCGUUGACUGCAGAGGAGUUGCCUGCUUUCAUUACUUCUACCUGUAUAAAUAUCACUGGAAAGGUAGUCGAGGAGCGUGUGCGUGGAACCUUGCCGGAUAGGUUUCAGGGAACGGCAGAUGCACUGGCUGAGGUAUUCUGUCUGACUGAUCCAUCGCGGCCAGACAACCCUAUUAUCUUUGCUUCUGGCGAAUUCCACCGCACCACACAAUAUGGCAUGGACUACGUUCUAGGACGAAACUGUCGAUUCUUGCAAGGACCAAAGACAAAUCCCAACAGUGUUCGACGAAUCCGAGAAGCUCUCAAAGCCGGUCGACCCCACUCCGAGCUUUUCCUGAACUAUCGCCGCGAUGGCUCGCCCUUCAUGAACCUCCUCCAAAUGGCUCCGCUCUGUGACAGCCGCGGUAAUAUUCGCUACUUCAUCGGCGCUCAGGUCGACGUCUCCGGACUCGCAAUGGAAGGCGCCCAGAUGGAAUCCCUGCAAACCCUACAAGCGCAAAAAGAAAACCGUGAAACAGACGAGCUAAUAAUCAAAGAAUCAAAGGGCGAGUUCCAAGAGCUUGGCGAACUCUUUAGUCCGCGCGAGCUACAGAACAUACGAGAACACGGUGGAAACCUUUUCCAGCCGAUUGUCAACGAAGAUCCCACUCAUCGUCUAUUCCUACAAGACUCUGACACCGAGAGCGAGAUUCAUACCCCAUACAAAGGGCCACACAGCCUUACACUAGGCACAGCUCCCUGUAUUUCCUUGACUGGUGUCUACAAACACUACCUCCUCGUCCGACCCUAUCCCUCGCUCCGGAUUCUCUUCACCUCUCCCUCUCUCCAAAUUCCAGGCAUGCUCCAAUCAUCAUUCCUAAACCGCAUCGGCGAGACAGGCACGAAACGCGAUAGUAUCAUCAACGCCAUGGUGGCAGGGCGAAGUGUCACAGCUCGUAUCAAGUGGAUGACCAAAUUCAAUGACCAGGGUCGUAAUCGCUGGAUUCACUGUACACCGUUGUUGGCGAAUAAUGGUCAGAUUGGUGUGUGGAUGGUUGUUGUUAUUGAUGAUGAGGAGGAAUAUUCGGUUAGAUGGCAGGGAAAUUGGCCGACUACUCAGUAA